UUAUAGCCUUUUGCCUAAGUAAGUGAGAUGUGACUAAACAGUUUUAUUGUCAUGGAUUUCAAAUUUCAAAACAAAUCAAAACUCAAAAAUAAUUCUAAACUUUUCAUUUGAUUUGAUUUCAAGCGUAACUAUGGACACACCAUGAUGAUGAAGUUCAUAGGUUAAAAAUAUACCUAUGCAAGAAUGGAAAAAUGGAAGAUGUAUUUAGCGUCUGUGCCUUUAGGUGCAGGAAUAUUAGUUUCAAUAUGGUCGAUUUUUGGCGGGUUCAGAAAAAAAUUCCAAAAAUUUGGACAGGAGAGAAGGGGGCAGAACUUAAAUUAUGAUUUGGACCUCAAUUUGCUCUAUGGAUUAACAAAGUCAAGUAACCUGCAACUGAGGAAAAGUGCAGAGCAGAUGAUUCUUGAAAGAGUUACCAGAAAUGAGAGUCUUAUGACAGGACUGCUGAAUUGGUCAUACUGUGAGAAAACAGCUGAACAGAUCAAAGCUGUCACAGUAAUGAGUGUCCUUUUAAAGUCAGCUGAUAUGAGGUCCCAAGGGAUGGGUUACCGGCUUGUGAAGCGUCUAGCUGAGUUGUUUGUAGAAAGUGUCUCCACCAAUGAGGACUCCCUUUCACAUGAGGGUGCCCUCUAUCGUGAUAGCAUGCAGCAGUUGGCCCUUUGUGCAAUUUUUGACUUUAUUGUUGAAUCAGCAUCAUGUAAGGAGUUCUUGUGUCAGCAGAACAAGGAAUUUGUGAAGUGUUGCCUGGCAACCCUCACAACAACAAACAGAAAGGAAGUUAUGAGGUUUGCCUUGUAUACAAUUCAUCAGAUUGUGCUGCAUGAGCCUCUCAGCUCCGAAGUUAUUGAUGCAGGGGGUAUUUCUGCCAUGUGUGCCUGUCUUCAUAGCAACCAAGGAGACCCCACCCUACAGAGGGUUAGCCUACAGAUCCUUGUCAUCUUUGUCACAGUUACACAACAAGAAAGCAAGAAAACUUUGAGAGCUAUAUGUGGAGGGAAUAUUGUCCGUCCCGUUGUUAUGUGCCUCAAAUCUGAUGACCCAGAAUGCAUCUAUUCCUCUUUGGCUUUGCUACACGAUUUUACUGUCAAUGAUUUAUGCAAAGAUGAGAUUUGUGGUGUACCAGGAGUUCUUUUUUGUCUCACUAAGAUCCUCACCAACAGUGAAGCAAAUGUACAAAGACUUGUAUUGCGUCUUCUCAGUUUCUUAGCUCUUAAGAAUGAUGUUUUCCAAGAACAGCUAGUGCAGCAGAAAGAUCUCAUGAAACAUUUGUCCAUAUACUUGGCAAGUAGUGAUAAAGAAGUCGUCCACUGGGCAUUGGUUCUUAUACAUGAUCUAGCAAUGUCAGGGAAGGGUAUGGCUGAGAAGGUUUACAAGAAUAGUGAGAAGUUGAUUGUGUCCCUGGUGAGCCUAACCCAAGCCCCAGAUUCUGUGAUACAGCGAUUACUAGCCGAAACUCUUGGAUUCUUCAACUCAUGUGAGACCUUAGCAGCAGGUGUAGUGAGAGAUGGCGUAUUGAAGACUGUUCUACACUUUUCCUCAGGACAAGAUCCAGAGCUAAAGUUCUGGGGAGCUGCCAUGCUGCUCAAUAUGACCAUGACAUCAGAUGCUGUAAAAUGUGAGAUACUAGAGACAGGAUGCCUUCAUGUUAUUAUGGACCUAGCAAUUAGUGAACAUGAAAACUCACAGAUAUCAGCACUGGCAGCUAAAACAUUAGCUAUGCUACAGUUUACAGAAAGCCCACUUUGUAUUGAGGUUGAGGAGGAAGGUUCAGCUAUAAGAGUCAAGUUUGGACGUAACACUCUCACUCUACCCAACAGUGAGCUUGAAGUGUUGAUGUGGAACUGUGAAGUAUUCGCUGCAUCAUUCCAAGGAAGCUAUGAUAACAGCCAGCCUAUUGAACUCUCCUUCUCAGAACAUGAUGUUGGCAACUUUGUUGUUCUAUCUGGUACAAAAUCUGCUUAUCAGUCCCUAAAAGGCCUGUUCAUCAGUUUACCAGUUGAACUUUAUGAAUGUGCAGACACGGGACGAGUUAUAGUGCUCUGUAAGAUUGCAGAAGACAGAACACUUGCUGUCAUCAAAUCUGGUCCUAAAAUCCAUGCUGAGUUCACAUGGGGAAACAUAGUCGGGGAUCGGGUUGACAGAAUUGUGUUUGUGCCCCUUGUCAAUCAUAUAUUGACCACACCCCCUGAUUCACAGAUCAGUAAGAUUACAGAACUGGAGCUAUUGGAGGUGUUAUGUCGCAUAGAGAGACACAGGAAUGUCCUUCUUCAUAAAUUACCUGUGCUAAACUAUCUUCAUGAGAUGUUAAGGAUAAUGGAUUCAGAUUUUGUGACAUCACUAGAAUGCCAGCCAAUGAGAGUGACACAUUGUCUUGCUGCUCUAAGAAUCAUUGCAGUUGUGACAAUCACAGAUGAAAGCAGGGUACAGUUAUUAGAAGAAGGCAUACUGGAUACCAUGGCAACCCUACUAGAAAAGUUGAAUAGUUUGACACUUCAAGCUUUAUGGCCUCGUAUAACCUCCACUGGGGAAUCUAAAAUCCUCGAUGAACAGUCCCUAGCAACCAAUGAGCAGCCCCUAGCAACCAACUACCAGUCCCCAGCAACCAAUGAACAGUCCCUAGCAACCAAUGAAACAAGACCAAAAGAAGAAAGAUCUCAAGAGAGUACAAGUCAGGAUACAGCUGAACUAUUUGAUCAAUCAAAACUGGAAGCUAAAGUGCAUGUGUCUGAACUGGCUGGGCCAUCUCUAGGAGCCAAUGGGCAAUCUAUAGAAGCCAAUGGGCAAUCUAUAGAAGCCAAUGGUCAAUCACUAUCAAUUAAUGGGCAGUCCCUAACAACUGAAGAAUCUCAUUUCACUGAAGUGUCUGCAAUCAGCGGAUAUGAUGAAAGCUCUUAUUAUGGGGCUAGAUCGUCAACUGUUGUAUCAAGACCAGAAUCUUGUUCCUUUACUGAAGAACUCAAUGCCAGUGUUGCCAUAGAAAAAGUGCCUCCUUCUGUGUUGAGUGAUUAUGAAGAGCUAUUGAAUCAGAUGAAGAUCUUUAUCAUUCAGACCUUUGCUAGUGCCAGUGUUGGAAGGGAGGCUGUGAAGAUAUGUGACUUACUGUGGCAGAACCAGUCAUUUUACAAAGUAUGGUCAGCUGUGUUGUCUGUGGACCCUACAACAAAAUCUGCCAUUAAUUUAGCAUCAGUAAUUAUGAUGUGUGGUGUUGCUGAGUCGAAGGAAAGUGAAGAUAUCGCCACCUGUAACUUCCUGUGUAGUGAAGCUCUACUCAUGUCUCGGAACAAUCUUGCGUUGAGAAAUGACCAUUGGACAUUUGAGAGUGCAUGGCUAGAUUUUGGCUUCAAUCUCCAACAACAUGGGCCAUUACUUGAGCAGUCUGCAGCUGUAUACUAUGAGGUCACAUUAAGAAGUAGUGGUAUUGUACAAUUAGGUUGGACAAAUGGAAAAAGCAGGUUCAGUCCAGAAAGAGGCCUAGGGGUUGGCGAUGAUUGUGACUCGUAUGCUUUUGAUGGAGCAAGGUGUAAAACAUGGAAUGGCCCAAUUACACAGCAUUUUGAUAAUGACUAUGGUGAACAAUGGGAAGAGGCUGAUGUUAUCACUUGUAUGCUCUCUAAAACAGGGGAGAUGUACUUCUUACGUAAUGGGCACCACCAAGGUGUAGCAUUUAAAGGAAUCGACAUGUCGGCCAUAUGGUACCCUGCAGUGUCAUUAUCAACUGGUCAGCAUAUAGAGAUCAACCUAGGGACCCAACCAUCAAAAUAUUUGUCCAAGAAAGAUGAGUACUGCUCCAUCUAUAAACUAUGUUGCCACAAUAAGCAAAUCAAUAGCAAUACCAAAGAAGACUUAAAUGAGAUAGCAGCCCUACCUGAUAUUUCAACAAAGCUGGAACCAACAGAAUUGGGACCUUUGACACUGUCCCCAAAGUCCUCUUCGGCUGCUUUAUACUUUGAAGUAACCCCAGAGUCACUGAAAGUCCAAAAGAUGGCUGUACAGUUUGGUUACUCCAGUAUGGAUGAAUCUGCCAAAAUUGUGUGUUCACUAACUGAGAAUGUUCUUAUGUUACCAGAUGGACAGAGAUUUAAGUUUACACCACAGGAGGCUGAGAGCCUUGGGUGUGGAUUAGAUGUAACAAGUAGUUCUCUAUUCUUCACCUUCAAUGGACGAGUUAUCAAGGGCAGAUUCAUCUGUCCAUCAGAUGUCUGCAAACCAUAUACAAACACACAACUCACAAUGAACUUUGGGGCCAGAAAUUUUUAUUACAUUCCUGCUAAUGAUGUCACCUGUCGUCUACAAGCUUCGUCUAUUCUAAACUUUUCAGUAUUAGAAUCAAAGAGUUAACUGAGGUUGAAACAAGAAGGGGAAGUCAGCAAAGGAACAUUUCGAUAAGUUCACAUAGACAAUGAAGAUUGUAUUUAAGAAAAACAUGUUUAAGGUAUUAUAUCAUAGCAAAAACAAUGAUACCAGCUGUUGACAAGAUUGUGCUGAUGAAUUCAAGGUAAAAAUUCAUAUCAGCAAAUAUCAUACUUGAAAAGAUGGCUAGAUGGGAAGACAUGAAAGAGAGGGAAUGGGACCAUAAAUAAAUUAGGUGGCAUCAAGCUGAUAGACUUCUCCUUUGGGAGACAACGGGAUAUACAUUGUAGUUGGUUUGACUACUUAAUUGUAGCAUCACACAUGUCACACUAGCCUUGCCCAAGUCUUAGUAUUAUCUUUUAUAUCUUGAUCUUGAUCUUGAUUUUCAAUUAUAUAUUAUACAUGUCUUGAUGAUGAUAUGUGAAAAUAAAAUAAAAAGAUAAAAAGACACAGCCUUGGGCAAGGCUUAUAUUA